UUUUGAUUUCCGCUUUGUGGAAACGACUUGAUUUUAUUUAUUCGUUCAUUCGGUUAACGAUUGUUAAAUAUGCCCACACGUGCGCGUAAAAAGAGCGAAGAUCGCCGUGUUAACAUGCGAAGAAGGAGAGAUGCCACCACGACCACCAAUGUGCAUCACUUAGGUACCAUGGAUGUUACCUGUAGUGGUUGUGAUGCUUUGCAUUUUACAGCCGAACACGACACUACAAAUUCAGUUGUGUUUAAAAAUUGCUGCCACAAGGCCAAAGUCAAACUACACCCAAUUUCGUCUUCAAUAUUUUUACAGGAACUUAUACAAAAAGAUGAUCAAACUUCUAAAGAAUAUUUAAAAAAUAUUCGGAAAUAUAACGCAGCUCAUCAGAUGGUAUCCAUGCAAGCCGAAUUAGAAGAAAAUCCUGGACACGGUGUUUACUAUUACAAAAUCCAUGGACAGGUUUAUCAUAGUAUCGGCCCAUUAUUGACAAAUGACUCCCACCCAGCACGCAAUGCUUCUGUAUACACAUAUGACGUCGACGAAGCAGUACAACAGAGAAUGAGUAAUACAUACAAUGCCGAAUGCGAUGCUAACCUAAUGAAGCACAUUUCGAAUUACAUUCACCAGGUCAAUCCUUAUGCUCAGCAAUUCAAAACUAUGCAUAACUUAUGGCUCGAAGAGCAAUCUCUCGCAGAAAGUGAAAACCGCAAUACCCGAGAAGUGUGUAUGUAUCUCCAUGGCAGCUGCUCACCAGAUGGCCAUCCUGGCCGCUACAAUGAUGCUUCAGGAACUGAAAAAAUUGCAACAAUUUUCAAAUCCUCUGAUGGUGCUCCUCCCUUAAACAAUAAUCGCGACAUUGUAAUCUACCUGCUAACAGGAGGGAUACGCCAGGUUCCCAUUCUAUCCAACAUAAUUGAUCCACUGACAUAUCCUUUGUUAUUCCCAAAUGGAGACAAGGGUUGGGACAUGAACAUGGAGCAUAUUCAAGAAAAUCGUACCGUAUCACGAUUUAAGGUUACUCUUCUGCAAUAUGUAUCAUAUCGCCUUUCAGUGAGGCCCGGUUUUUCAUUGCUGCAUAGAAGCCAGAAGCUUUUCCUUCAAUAUAUUGUGGAUAUUUACGUUCGGAUUGAAAGUCAACGUCUCACAUACAUUCGAAUGAAUCAAAGCAAACUAAGGGCCGACCUCUACUGUAACGUGAUGGACUUUAUGAUUCGUGAAUCAAACGAACUUGGCGUAGUUCCGGGUAAAAUGGUCAUUCUUCCAUCCUCCUUCAUUGGUUCCCCCCGAAAUAUGCACGAACGUUACCUAGAUGCCAUGAGGAUUAUUCAAGUUUGCGGAAAGCCUUCCUUAUUUAUUACUUUUACAGCUAAUCCCAAUUGGGACGAAAUAAAAACAACUAUUCAACCCGAAAACAGGCCAGAAAAUUGUGAAAGGAAGGAUUUUCGGUGGAGUUGCGGCGCUCGUUUAUACAAUUGA